CUCUGCUUGCCCUGUCAGUGACCUCGACGGUCAUAUAACUUCUGCGGCGCCUCUGGCCCUCGACGACAUCUCAGACCUGGAAUGCGCAUAAUCACCGACCGGCCACAAAGCACUCCCUCCUGAUGUGCUUGUAGUCGUAGGAGUCGUGUCAAUCAACUGAAACCCUUUGGGUGCCUACAAUGGACCAGCAGUGGACGGCAUAUUCGGACACGACAUCAACAAGCCGCCAGGCGCGGUACACACCCCACAAUAUGACAGCUCCACAGCAGAAUGUGCGUGAUUCCAAUGUUAUGAAGCAAGACCCAAUCGACUCCUCCUCGAUCAACAUGCGUGGAAGUAGCAUGGCUAUCGCGUCCCCAAACGAUACACAAGGUUUGAAGACAGAAUACAGCGGGGAUGGAGACGGAGAUGUUGCGAUGGAGGACGCCGAUGCGUACAACCGGCCAAAAUACCCUGCAAAGGCCAACCAUCAACAACGGUACUCGCAGCACUUCGUGCAGCAAGAAGAAUCUGCUGCUGCUCGGCGUUAUUCGCCUAUGAAUCUUUCUCCCACCUCGCCAUACGCAGGCGCGUCACCAGCGGGACAACAAACGUAUAAUAGCUUCACGCCCCAGAGUCAGACAGCACGGCAAUCUCCAACACGAACUAACCCCUACAUGUCUCCACCGCAAAGCUAUUAUUCACCUCCAGCCUCUCGAGGGGGUCAUGUCAAUCAAUUACCACCUAUCCAGUCAAAUAUGAGCCCUGACUCCUACUACCCUCAGUCUGCGACCGCUCAAUUGAACGCCGUCUAUGGCCGUGAAGCCCGAUCCCCGCGGACAGCACAGCCGUCAAAUACCAUGCCACAUGCCAAUCGUUCACAGGUUCCCAAGUUCACACGGUGCCAUAACAUAGCAGAACUUCAACCUAAAAUCAACGCUCAGCCGGCGUUCCGGCGUGCGCAUCCUGAGGGCGGUUUUGUCAGUCCUUUGCAAGCCUUGACCACACAACUCCCUGCAACAUACCGCAUAUGCAAUCCGGGUUUCAAGUACGAGUCGACACGAAAUCCUCGAAGGGUCCUGACGAAGCCUUCCAAGGGUGUCAAGAACGAUGGCUAUGAUAACGAAGACAGCGACUACAUUUUGUAUGUCAAUGACAUACUGGGGUCUGAGGAGUCUGGGCACAAAAAUCGAUACCUUAUCCUGGACGUGCUUGGUCAAGGUACAUUCGGUCAGGUCGUCAAGUGUCAGAACCUCAAGACACAAGAGGUUGUUGCAGUAAAGGUCAUCAAGAAUCGCACGGCCUACUUCAAUCAGAGUAUGAUGGAAGUAUCAGUCCUCGAUCUGUUGAACAAGCAAAUGGACAAGAAUGAUGAUCACCAUCUCCUUCGACUCAAGGACACCUUCAUUCAUAGGCAACAUCUAUGCCUUGUCUUUGAACUUCUCAGCGUCAACUUGUACGAACUGAUCAAACAGAACCAGUUCCGGGGCCUCAGCACUACGCUGGUCCGGGUAUUUGCGCAGCAGCUUAUCAAUGGACUUGCUCUUCUAGGAAAGGCAAAAUUGAUACAUUGUGACCUCAAGCCGGAGAAUAUCCUUCUGAAGAAUCUGGAGAGUCCGAUCAUCAAGAUUAUCGACUUCGGGUCAGCCUGCGACGAGAGGCAGACUGUUUACACAUAUAUCCAGUCUCGAUUUUAUCGAUCGCCGGAAGUACUAUUGGGCUUGCCAUACUCAUCCGCAAUCGAUAUGUGGUCUCUUGGCUGCAUUGUCGUGGAGUUGUUCCUAGGCUUACCACUCUUCCCAGGCUCAUCUGAAUACAACCAAGUUGCAAGGAUCACAGAAAUGCUUGGCUUACCUCCUACGUGGAUGUUAGAGAUGGGCAAGCAGUCCGGAGAUUUCUUCGAAAAGGUCCAGGAUGAUUUCGGGCGACGAACGUACCGACUGAAGAGCAUGGACCAAUAUGCAAGGGAGCAUGGGACGAAGGAGCAGCCCAGCAAGAAGUACUUCUCUGCCACAACGUUACCGGAGAUCAUCAGAAACUAUCCUAUGCCGAGGAAGAACAUGAAGCCUGCUGAGGUUGAGAAAGAAAUGGCGAACAGGACCGCAUUUAUCGACUUCGCUCAAGGUCUGCUCAAUCUAAACCCUCUCGAAAGAUGGACACCAGGUCAAGCCAAAUUGCACCCAUUCAUCACUCAGACAAAGUUUACUGGCCCAUUCGUCCCGCCCAUGAUGUUAAAGCCCGGAUCCAGUCGAUCACCCGCACCCGGUGUUCAGGAACAGCAACGUGCUGAGGCCAUGAGCAAGCAACGGGCGCAGCAAGCCGCACAAGCCCAAGCACAAGCCCAAAGCGCUGCCUACGCGAAUAUGCAACACAUGAAUCAAUACCCACAGACUCCUCAAACCCAGGGCAUGUACGGCAAUAUGUAUAGCCCGUCACAUCAAGGAGCGCCGCCGCCAUAUCCAUCGCAGCAAAACUAUGGCCAGCAAAUGGGACUGAUGCCUCAAGGCCAGAGUCAAAGAUACAAUGCACAACCAAACCUAUAUGCCCAGGCAACAACCAGAGCAGGCCGCCAGCGAGCAUCGACAAUAGAUCAACAGAACAGUGGCAGCGGCAUCCCUCCGGCCCUCCAACGAGUCAUCAGCCAUCUAGACCCGAAUGCGCCUAUUAGGCUACAGCCGAGCCCGGCCUAUUACCCACCACCCCCAGACGGUGCACCUGAUCCAAACGCCUCCGCGAGACGACGGGCAAGCCGUACAGGGCAACAAAGAAGCAAUCGAGAUUUUAUCCGCCAUCUAGAAGAUCGCACCUUGGAGGAAGGCUAUAUGGGUAACGGACAAUGGCAGUGAAAUUCUGGAAGUGACAAGCACAGAUGAACUGAAUAUUUUACAAACGCCCGUGUUGAGCUGUACCAGCCUGGUGACGCCACGACGCCGAACCUGCAUGCGUAUGAUAGAUUCAUACAAGCCACCUGGUAUCAUGAGAGAGCGCGACAGGCUAUGGUGAUGGCUUAAUCUGUCUGACCGUCUACUUACCAAGUGGCCAGAGGCUUGACUGUCAGCAACAACAAGUUAAGCAAGCCAGGGU